CUGGGCGGAGAAUGCGAAUGCGGAAGCUCUGUUCUAUCUGCACAGAGAAAAGAAAACGUAGCCUCCCAUUUUCUUCGUUCGUGUUAUUCUUUUUGGUGGUGCACCGUGUCGUCGCUGUAAUUCAGCGGAGUCGAACGCUGUCAGCUCAUGGUACUCCAAGAGGUCGCAUAAUAGAGUCCGCCAAUGGCUACUGCGGCGCAAGCUUCCUGCAUUAUCAGAUUCCCUGAUUUUCAACAGAGAAGUCUCGGGUUUUCCCGCCAAAUCCUUGGUUACAGCAAUACAGCCUCCCCCAUCCAUGGCACAUAUCGCAUUCUACGCCAGGCACCCGUACGGACGAAACGUAUCUCCAUCAUCAGUUGCUCUGCGGCUAAUAAGCCUUCUCCUUCCACCCAAGUCAGUUCUACAGCCAAGAUACGGAGUGAAGUCCUUUCUCCCUUCCGCUCUGUUCGUAUGUUCUUUUAUCUUGCUUUCAUGGCAAGUGGUGCUUUGGGAGGCCUAAUAGCCACCACACAAUUGAUUGCUGCMCUGACAAAUUCAUCUAAAGCAGCAGCUGCCCCUGAGAUCUUCAAAGGACUUGCAAUAGACAUUGGAGCUGUCUCUAUUUUUGCAUUUCUCUAUUCUAGGGAGAACAAAGCUAAGAAUGCUCAACUAGCUAGGCUCUCAAGGGAGGAAAGCCUUUCAACCCUUAAGUUGCAGGUGGAUCCAAACAAGGUUAUCUCUGUGAGCUCCUUGAGAGGAAUUGCACGGCUUGUCAUCCUUGCUGGUCCUGCAUCUUUCAUUGCAGAAUCCUUCAGGCUUAGUGAACCUUUUACUGAAAACCUUAUUGAUCGAGGUGUACUGGUUGUGCCUUUUGCUACUGAUGGGGAUUCACCUAGAUUUGAAUUUGAAGACAACAAGGAGAUGAAGGAAAUAACCGCUAAAAGGAGGCGGCUUUGGCAGCUGGUUCCUGUAUAUGUUUCUGAAUGGUCCCAGUGGUUAGAUGAACAGAAGAAGCUGGCUAAUGUCUCCCUUGAGUCUCCAGUGUAUAUAUCUCUACGGAUGGAUGGUCGUGUCCGUGGAAGUGGAGUUGGUUAUCCUCCAUGGAAUGCCUUUGUUGCACAGUUACCGCCAGUAAAGGGAAUAUGGUCUGGUCUACUUGAUGGCAUGGAUGGAAGAGUUAUCUGAAGGAAAUUUCAUAUGUUUUGUGUACUGAAAGAUUGGUCGACAAAGAGAAUCGUUAGCUAAUGGUGUAUGACUUGAUGGAUAAAAUUAAAAGGGAACCCUUGAUUAAUGAAUUGCAAUAGAGAAUACCAGCAUUCGGGGACCAGGAAUAUUCAAGAUGGAAGCUUUGUACAGAGUAAGCAACUUACCAGAAAUCAGACAAAAAGCUUGUACAUGUUGAAAAAUAAAUGAUCCGAUGAUCGAGAAGCUCUAAAUGUGAAUUUUUUUGUAGGUUAUCUUCCUUCAAUUCAAGAAACAUUUUUAAAUGUUACUAAAAAAUGCUCUGAUAGCUCUUGAUGUACAGAUUUUUUAGUUUCUAAUUUAAGCUUGCUGUUUUCUUUGGCCGACAAAAAAAUUUAACAUUGUCUACACUGUAUUUAUUUGAACCAACACGGUGUAUUUAUUUGAGUUCUAGAUAUUGUUCUAUUUUUUUUUAUA